GGCUGAGACACGCCGCAGAGUUGUUGGGCUCUCACCAGAACCGCGCGCGCACUGAUACACGUGUAAAUAACGUCGCGCUCGGCCCCGAGUAACGAGCUGAGGUUCUGAUUUUACAUGGCUGCCUACAGGAGCAGUUCUUCAACACUAUAAGGACAAAUCAUUAUUUGUUCAGACUUUCCCUAAGUUUCAGAACAUGACCUAGAAAAAAAUGGCAGAUAACAUUGACUGGAUACAAAGCCAAAGGGGACUCUGUAAAGUGGAACAUUAUUUACCCGGACAUGAAAAUGAACAAAACUGGACAACUGAUUCAGCAAAACUUUUCAAACAAGCUGCAGCUGAUCCACUUAAAAUCUUGACUUGGCUCCGAAAAGACCUUGAAAGAUGUGCACUUGGAAUCCAGGAUGUGCUGAACUCUACUGGCAAACAAAAUGCUGAGGAAACUGCAAGGGAACCUUCCCUGGGUGGACACAGCCUCCAACCAGGCAAUGCACCCUCACCAGGUGGUUUUAGUGUCUAUGACAAGCAAUUAUGCAUGGACAUCAGAUCCAACAGUGGGUCACCAGAGUUUCAUUUGGAAAUGAAAAAUACCUUGAAUAAAAAGGAGCCAAAAGACACCGAAGGUGAACUUGCUUCUGCAGAGGCCCAGCAAGAUGGCGACAAGCUUUCUCUUUGUGUCAGUAGACUGUCUAACCUUGUCAUUUCAAUGGCACAUAAAGAGAUUAACGAGAAGUCAGAUGGUGCCGAUCAGUGCAUAAACAAGUCACUUUUUGCCACUUUUGGGGAACCAGGCCACAAGUCUAUUGGAGUAGGCACCGAGGAAGGCAAAAACAACCCAUCAGAGAAUUCAGAUCAAAUGAAUGUUAAUUUGAAGGAAACCAAGUAUGAAGACAAUUCAUCUUCCAAGAAGAAAACAUUAUUUUAUAAAGAAGUAAACCAACAAUCUUCCAAUAGAAAUGAGUUUUGUCAUGAAAGGGGCUCAUUGUUCAAUGACCAGAAACAAUGCCAUCAUAAAAAGCGCUUUGGCCAAGAUGAAUUUACGAAUACUCUAAGCAAAGGGAUACUGGUAUAUGCAAAUAAUGUGGUUUCAGACAUGAUGGUCACAGUUAUGAAGACCAUGAAAAUUCAAGCAAGUGACUCAAGCAUAGCUUGUAUGGUGCUGAAGAAGGUUUUACUGAAGCAUUCUAAAGAGGUUGUUUCAGACUUAAUAGACUCCUGCAUGAAAAAUUUACAUAAUAUCACAGGGACACUUAUGACCGACUCAGAUUUUGUUUCAGCAGUGAAGCGUACUCUGUUCAACCAAGGAAGUCACAAGGCUGCAGAAAUUGUACAAGCAAUGCUGAAUCAUUUGCAUAACACUUUAAUUGUGCAAAAACCAGCAGGUGAUAAGGCCCAGUCUCAAAGCCUUACGUACGCAUCUGUGAAGUCAGGCUUAGAAACAGCAGAUUCAAAGUCUCAGAACUUGAGGUUUGCAGCAACAAAAACUGAAACAGUGACCAAAGAAAAGGAAAAGACCUGUGCAGAAACAAUAGGUAACCACAUCAUUAAGCAGGGGCUUACUCUGUGGCAUGAAAAUAAAAACAAAUGCAACCUAUGUUCAAAAUUCCAACCUCCAACAAGCCAGGCCAGAAAUAAACCACAUGAAAACAUACCCUUUAGUUCAGAAAUUCAAGAUAUGCCUAAAAUCUCAGCAGACUCAUGGGCAAAAGACUUGAUUGUGACUGCCCUGUUGUUAAUACAAUAUCACUUAAUCCAACAGGAGAACACAGGCAAGGCUUUGGCUGAAGGCAGCAGUCCUAACAAAGCAGGUACCACUGCAUUUGGAUUCUUCUCUCAGCAGUCCCAGGACAAAGGUGGUGACAAGAAGUUCAGGCUAUCUUCAGCAAAUGAUCAAGAUCCAUCAGCCCAAGCUGAUGAAUCAGAUUCUGAGAAGUCAGAUCUUCAAAAGCAGAACCCUGAAAAUGGCAUGUCUAGUGCCAUCUUAACGCUAAUCCAGAAGUUAAUCAAUGAGUCUGGCUGCAAAUCAGAAGGACAGCCAGGAAAUUCAGCGAUGGAUGAACCGAACAGGGAUCCUGGCAAAAAUUCUGAGGGACAUGCCUCUUCUGUCCAUUCAGAAACUGAACAGUCCUGUGAGGAUGCUAUUUCUGGACUGACAAAAAUGAUUACCAAUCAGUUUGACCUAAGAGGAAAAGAGGGGAGCAGCGGACAAUUUAUUGAUAGCUUGGUUGAUACCGUCACAAAGUUGUGUCUUAUGAUAGCCAAAUAUAGCAACCCUGAGUCUGCUCUAGCAGAGAUAGGGAAUGGGGAAGAUGGCAUGGGAGGUAUGGAUUCUAGGAGUCCAGGGGCAGCUGAUGCUGCUUUGGGGUCAGGAGAAGACAGUGCUUCUGGUCGCAAAGUGAUAGUAAUGAAUCAGAAUCCCCCCGACAACAUACAUAAGAAACAGCUCUAUUCCAUCCUCCAGUGGGUGGCUGCCUCUCAGACAAAUGUGCCGGUAUUAUACUUCUUGGAUGAGGAUGAUGAGUUUCUGAAUAAGAUUCAGCAAUUGUCCUCAAUAGCCAUGGAGAAGGGAUAUAGUGUGGGGGAAAUUAUUCAGGCUGUGCUGAAGUAUGAGAAGGAGAAGCAGCUAGAAGAAGCCCUGGGAAACAUUACUCGAAUGCCAGUGCUGGACUGGCUGCUUAGUAACCUGUGAGCAGGGCCAUCUCUUCUCUCAACCACACCAGCAGCAACCAUCCCAGCUCCACUGGAUCAGGCUCACCUACCUAUCACUGAUUUGUAGGAGAUGCUUUUAUGUGUUAUACUGACUC